AUGGCCAAGAACCAGAAAGUCGUCGUUGUCGGCGCCGGCCCCGUCGGCUCAUUGGCUGCGCUGUACGCUGCGCAGCGCGGGUACGAUGUCGAGAUUUACGAGUUGAGAGCGGACCUGCGAGAUCCUUCCACGACACUCUUGAACUUCACCCGGUCCAUUAACCUGGCGCUCUCGGAGCGAGGCAUCAACGCCAUGCGCAAUGCUGGCCAACCAAAGUUACUGGAACAUGUCUUUGGCGCCACGAUCCCCAUGCGGGGGCGCAUGAUCCACGGCAGAACCCCGAAAGGUGAUCUGUACGAAGCCGCCCAGGACUAUGACGUCCACGGUCGGGCCAUCUACGCCGUGGACCGUGCCGGCCUGAACAAGCGCAUGCUUGACAUUCUCGAGGAGAUGCCCAACGUCAAGUUCUUCUUCAGCCACAAGCUCACCGGCGCCGACUUCAGGAGAUGCAAGGCCUGGUUCGAGGUCAUGACCUCUGAUUCCGCCACCGGUCGUGCCAGAGAGAUUGAGAUUGACUUCGAUUUGAUGAUAGGCGCCGAUGGCGCCCACUCGGCCGUCAGGUACCAUAUGAUGAAGUUUGCUCGGAUGAAUUACAAGCAGGAGUACAUCGACACUCUGUGGUGCGAAUUUCAGAUCAAGCCCGCAAGACCGCCUUCGGCAGACGCCAAAGCCCCCCAUUUCCGAAUCUCACCAAACCACCUCCACAUCUGGCCCGGUAAAAACUUCAUGUUCAUUGCUAUCCCCAGCGAUGACGGGUCCUUCACAUGCACACUGUUUUUGCCCAGCGAGCAAACCGCUGCACUGGAAAACAACCCUUCGAGCCUGCCCGCCUUCUUCGACAAGCACUUCCCCGGUGUCACGAAUCUCAUUCCGGCCGACGACCUGAUCGCCUCGUUCAAGCAGAACCCGCAUCUGCCGCUGAUCAGCAUCAAAUGCAGCCCGUACCACUACGAUGCCUCCGCUGUCCUCCUUGGCGACGCCGCCCACGCCAUGGUCCCCUUCUACGGCCAGGGCAUGAAUGCAGGCCUGGAAGAUGUCCGGAUCCUCUUUUCCAUCCUGGACAAGCACUGCCGCAUGAGCGAGGUCAACGAUCCCGCGGGAGAGGCCGACACCUCCGCCGCAGCAGUUCACCAAAGAGGCGUCGCACUGGCCGAGUACACGGCAAACAGGGUCCCCGACGCGCACUCCAUCAACGACUUGGCGCUCCAGAACUACGUCGAGAUGCGCGCCUCGGUCCUGUCUCCCCGGUACCGCCUUCGGAAGUGGCUCGAGGAGGCCAUGUCCGUAUACCUUCCCGGGCUGGGCUGGCAGACCAAGUACUCCCGCGUCAGCUUCGGGAACGAACGGUACUCGGAGGUCGUCGCCAAAAGCGACCACCAGGGCCAGGUGCUGGUCAAGACGUUCGAGGCGCUCGUCUGCAGUCCGCUCGUGGCCGGGGCCGUGUACGUGUGGUGGAAGCGACCGCAGGCGGUCGUGGGCGUCGUUCAGGGACUGUUACGGGCUCUGUUGCGGGCAACGGAGCGCGCUUGA